AGUCAUCAUCGUUUUUCAGGUGAUUCUGUUGUUUCUUUCUGUAACAUUUUGCUCGAAUUCAAAAUGGUUCGAGCACUUGAUGAAGAGAAAGAAAUCUACAAGUCUAGGCUGUUUCGUUACAAACAAAUGCACGAGAAUCCAGGGCCAAAAAACGAGACCCUUCCUCUCGACAUCAGUGGCCCAAUGUCAGGGUUGGAUUCUUUAUCGAAAACUUUGAAUGAUCAGCCUAAGGAGAAGAAAUAUGUGACUAGCCCUACCAUGUUGAAAAAUUUGACUGAUCAGCCUAAGGAGAAGAAAACUGUGAUUAAUCCUACCAUGUCGAAAAGACAAACGCCUAGUCGUAAUGACAAGGAUCCACCAAAGUCACGCGAUUCAGGUGCCGGUGACCCUCAAAACAAAGAGAAGCAGCAGCCCUCAGGCAAUUUGGUUCUAGAUAUGGAGCUAAUGAAGGAAAGGUUUGCAAAAUUGCUUCUGGGUGAGGAUAUGUCUGGAGGAGGAAAGGGUGUUUCGUCCGCUUUGGCAUUGUCAAAUGCCAUCACAAACCUAGCAGCUUCUGUCUUCGGAGAACAAGGGAAAUUAGAGCCCAUGCCACCAGAGAGGAAAGCAAGGUGGAGAAGAGAAAUUGAUUGGCUCUUAUCUGUCACUGAUCAUAUAGUUGAAUUUGCCCCUUCUAAACAAAUAUCGAAAGAUGGAACAGAAAUGGAGAUAAUGACAACACGUCAACGGACUGAUCUUUGCUUGAACAUCCCUGCCCUACGCAAGCUUGACGCAAUGUUGCUUGACUGUCUAGAGAACUUUAGAGACCAAACUGAGUUCUCUUACAUUUCAAAAGAUGCUCCUGAAUCAGAGAAGAGGAAAGAUGACAAAUGGUGGUUACCAACUCCCAAGCUUCCGCCAAACGGUUUAUCUGAUGUUACUAGGAAAUGGCUGAAGUAUCAGAAGGAUUGUGUGAACCAAGUACUCAAAGCAGCCAUGGCCAUUAAUGCUCAAGUUCUAGCAGAAAUGGAGAUCCCAGAAUCCUACAUCGAAACUCUUCCCAAGAAUGGCAGGGCAAGCCUUGGAGACGUGAUCUAUAGAAGUAUUACAGAUGAAAUAUUUGAUCCAGACUAUUUUCUUGCAACAGUGGACUUAUCAUCAGACCAUAAGAUCCUUGACCUCAAGAACAAGAUUGAGGCGUCCAUAGUGAUCUGGAGGAGGAAGAUGACUGCUAAAGACGGAAAGUCUUCUUGGAGUUCAGCUGUGAGUUUGGAGAAGAGAGAACAAUUCGAAGACAGAUUAGAGACCGUCUUAAUCAUUCUUAAGCAUCGGUUCCCAGGACUUUCACAAUCUUCACUAGACAUUACCAAAAUCCAAUAUAACCGAGAUGUGGGACAGGCUGUUCUGGAGAGCUAUUCAAGAAUAAUAGAAAGCUUCGCCGUUACGGUCAUGUCAAGAAUAGAUGAUGUUCUCCAUGCAGAUUUUGUUGUGCGAGAGCAAAAGAGGAGCCCUGUAGAAGACUCUUCAGCAGUGAAGGAGUUCUGGAAUUUGGACAACGGAGAGCUUGACUUGAAGGAACUAAAGGAGGACAUCAUUUUCACCAAACCUCCUAACAUUUCGACAAAGAAGAAAUUGACAUACUUAGAGAGGCUUGAGACCUUAAGUGGUUUCAAAAGUCCCACAGGACGCCGAUGGUGAAAUUGUUGAAAUCAACUUCAUUCAAAGCAGAGAAAGAGAACGGCGGACAG